AUGAGGUGCUUGAUCGAUUUGUUGUCUCUUUUAUUCAUCCUCUCGAGACUUCUUUACUUGACGAAUGCCGUUUCUAAAACUUCCGGAAAAGGAUUAAUUGACCUCAACGCAACACCUCCUAAUUCUCCUGAAAACGCUGCGAAUGAUACAGAGCCGCAGAACAGCCUCCAACUUAGUCCUCAUGCGGGUGGCAAUCAUCAAAGUGUACCUCAAUUGGUGCCGGAACAACAUGAAUUGCCUAAAGCAAGAUCUAAGGAGCGCUGUACGUUUAGGAAUGUUCCAUUCAAGAGAGUGGAAUUAGGCAACGGGAACUUCAAAUAUCACUUUCCUCUUGGUACGUCGCUUGAUGAAAAGAAAAGAGUAUAUAACAAAGUUCGUUUCGACAAGAAUGUUGUUCAAAGUACAAAGUUGAGUGAACUAUACCUGGAUAUCGAUCUCAAUAAGUCACCACCUACUUCUCCUGAGCCACUUAGGGAGCAGGAUCACGCCAUUGAUCAAACAUCGCAUGUCGAGAUCGCAGAACAUCUUCCUACGGUAUUAGAAUCAAGUAGACAGAAGAAAGGGGAGAGAUCAACACCGCUCGAAGAAGGCGAAGAGCGAGUUGCAAAGCAAAAGCGCAAACUUCAUGUCUACCCUCCUGGGUUAACAACAAAAGAAAAAGCAAGAUUUCGUAAUAAAGCGAAUUAUCAUUCAGAACAACAUCUAGAUUUGAAAAGGAGGAAACGAGAGUAUAACAGAGCAAGGUAUCAAAGAUUGAAGUCGAACGACAAAGAGCAAUUAGCCAUGAAAAGGCGAAAAGAGUACGAUGCAAUGUCUUUUGAAAGGAAGGAAGCCUUUAAAGCGAAAAAGCGUACAAAGUAUAGUCAAUUAAGCUCCGAGGAAAAGAAAGAAGUCAUUCGAAAAGCCCGAUUGCACACUGUACAACGUAUGGAAGCCCUGCAACCCAAGGAACGUGAAAAGGCCAGACUUGAAAAGAACUUGAAAGAACGAGAAAGAAAGCGUACAAAGAAGACUCACACAAAAAAGAGAUCGGGAGGCAGUUGA